GUUGCUUAUCGUCAGUGUGUCCUUGACUUCAUAGACAAGCAGCAGGUUAGCUAGAGAGCUACCACUGGAUUUGAUUCUGCAGGACGCUAAACGAAGGGACAUUUCAUUUUCAUCCAUAGAAAAACCCAUCCUCAUCCUCAUAGAGUGAACUCUCAGACAGCUCAAGAUGGCUUUCUUACUGAAGAGCAUGAUUGGAAACCCCUUGUCAGGAAUGGGUGGUCUCGGUGGUGGAGGUGACAAAGAAGAGGAGGCCACCCCCUCAGAUCCCGCCAAAGCAGCAGGGAUGACACGCGAGGAAUAUGAGGAGUACCAAAAACAGGUGGUUGAGGAAAAGAUGGAGAGAGAUGCAGAUUUCUUACACAAGAAGGCAGAGAGAGCAACACUCAGGGUGUGCCUCAGAGACAAAUACAGACUGCCAAAGAGCGAGCAGGAUGAGAACAUGCUCGAGAUGGCCGGGGACGACGUGGACGUACCCGAGGAGCUGCUCAAGAUGGUGGACGAGGACGCCACUGAGGAGGAGAAUAAGGACUCAUUCAUGGGCCAGAUGCAAAACUUGCAGAACAUGGACAUGGAUCAGCUGAAGGAGAAGGCCUCGGCCACGGUCACCGAGCUGAAGAGCAAAGCUGAGGAGAAGUGCACCGUCAUGUGAAGAGGUGAUUCAGAAAAGAAGAGGAAGAACAAUGAGAGAGGAUGAUGAUGAUGAU